AUGGACUACAUGGAGAACCUGCGGCGAUCGCCCGUCUUCCGCAACUCGUUCGAGCCGUCCAUGUCGAUGGGGAAGGAACACCAUGGGCAUGCAGGGUCGAGCCCCAUCGAGGUCAACCUCCCGUCGUUCGCGCAGGACAUGGAGCACCUCCAUCUGCCCCGGCGCCACGAUACUAGCGCGUCAACGCUCGAGGCCGAAGACUUCUCGUCGCCGUCUGCAUAUGCGCCCGAGCCUUUUGGCCCGAAGGAAAAGAAGGCCGACGAGAUGCCCGUGCUGGACGAGCGGCAGGUCACUAUCAUCGUGCUCCUCGCGCGCGUUUGCUCGGUCUACGACGCAACGCCCAAGACCUUCGUCGCCAACGUGCUGCGUCUCCAUCGCAUGGGCGUGCUCGAGUCGAUUGCGUUUCUUUCGGACCUGGGCUUGCUAGCGUCGUCCACGUCGCCGCGCAAGAUGGAUGCGAUCGAGCAGUGGGAUGUCGACAAGGGUGGUGUCGGCGGUGGCAUGCUGGGCUUCCCGCAGUCGCUCAACGUCUCUCGCUACGCCCGCGACUUUGACGAAGUCCGACUCAUUGGGCAAGGCGGGUUUGGCCAAGUGUACAUGGCGCGCCACAAGCUCGAUGGCAUUUGCUACGCGAUCAAGCAAGUCCGCUUCUUCAACAAAGGGUUUCAAUCGCCGCUCGUGCAAAAUGUGCUGCGAGAAGUGCACUGCCUCGCGCGCUGCGACCACCCGAACGUGAACCGCUACUAUAGCGCGUGGCUAGAGCCCACAUGGGUGCCGAUGAAUCUGCAUACGACGUCGUAUACGGCGCCGCCGACGUCCGCGCCCAUCAUCAACCCCGUCGAGCUGCAAACCAAGAACCCGCACCUUCUCGAAGACAUUUACCGCUUUGUCGACGCCAAAAGCGACAGCAGCGACGUGGAUGGCCACACGACCUCCAACCUCGAGUUGAGCGAGGACCACUAUACUAGCUCGUACUCGGUGUCGAGAGACUCGUACGAGAGCUCGAACGGCUCGGUCGUCGAGUUUGAGUUUGAUCGCGACGUCUCCCAGUCCAACUUUUCGUGGUACGUGUGUCACUUUUGUAUGAUAGUCGAAUCCACCGCAACGAUAGCACAAGCUUCAGCGACCUCCCGGCGUACGACCCCAAGCGACGCGCCGCCGUCGUCCGAGAUUGCCCCCGCGUUCACGUACCAAAUUACCCUUUACAUUCAAAUGUUCCUGUGCGAGCAGUCGACGCUCCAAGACUGGCUCGACGAGCGCAACCGCAACGUGGGCCAUGUCGACUUUCAAGCAAGCUUGCGCCUCUUUCGCCAGCUCGUCAAUGGCAUCAAGCACGUCCACGAGAAUGGCAUCAUCCAUCGCGACUUGAAGCCGAGCAAUGUGUUUAUGACCCGCGACGGUGCGCUCAAGAUUGGCGAUUUCGGUCUCUCGAAGCUCCUCGCCGAAGUCAUGGCCGACGACCCGAUCAACAACCGCGGCUUCAUGCCGCCAGCCAGCGGCCACGGGCACACACAAGGUGUCGGCACCAUGUCGUACGCCAGCCCCGAGCAAGUCGCAGGCACCGACUACGACCACAAAGUCGACUCGUUCAGCUUGGGCAUCAUUCUUCUCGAGCUCUUUUGCGUCUUUGACACCAAGAUGGAGCGCGCUCGGGCUCUCAAAGACGUACGUGCAAACCCGCAGCAUGUCCCCGACGAGCUCGCGACGUCGUACCCUGAAAUCGCGGCGUUGAUCUCGCAUCUUGUCGCACCGACGUGCACGCGCUGGACCGUGGAGCAAGCACACGACUACCUGUGCACGACGUUUCCCCAAGUGCAUCUCGAGAAAGCGCGGGAAGUCCUCGAGUUGCGCCAGCAGUUGCACGAGAACGAAGCCAAGCUCAAGGAGCAGGACGCGCUCAUCGAGGAGCUGCGGCGCCAAGUGGCGACGCUCUCGCAAGACGACACGAACGUCCAUGACCCUCGCAUGGCGCGCUAACCGACCCAGUAGUACACUGUACGACCCGUAAUGUGUGUACGUGUGAGAUUACUGCUUGCGGAUGGUACUACAAGUAUCCGUGCAUGUCGCCACGGCAGC